AUGAAGGCCGACACCGAAGUGCCAAAGUUGAAGCUCGAGCCGCCGUCGGCACAGGUAUCGGACGAGGAAGACGAGACAGACGUCGCGCAUUCCACAGCACGAGAAGAAUCGGAUAUUCGUUCAAGGAAAAAGCUCCGAGGUUACUCCGUCCAUCGCCGCGGCACAAUUGCUCCCGCCCAAACCAUCGUCCACUCCUCCCGCCCCUCCAUCAUCAAAACCCUACUCUUCGGCCACCCACACCCAAACCCCCUCCUCACCUUCCUCACACUAGCAGCAAACGCCCUCUGUCUCGUCAUGGUCCUCGACCUAACCUUCCAACUCCAGUUCUUCUGGCCUUGCGAUGAUCUCGCGUUUCAUCGCGUGGGCUAUGUCGGUCCUUCCAGCGCACGUUUGCAAAUCCGGGAUCCGAGUGGAAAGAGCUCGGUUGGCAUGAGGCUCCGGGAGGCAAAUACAAGCUCGCCAUUUAUGAUGGGUCCGAAGUUCGAGGGGCUGGAUGCUAGCAAUGAUUAUGUGGGUUGGGUUGAGUUGACUGGGCUGGAUGCUGAUACGACGUAUGAGUAUACGAUGUCGAAUGGGAAUCGUGGAUCGUUCAAAACGGCGCCGCCGACAGGUGCUUCUGGGAAGUGGACGUUCUCUUCUACGUCUUGUAUCAUUCCCGGUUUCCCUUACCGGGGGUUCGGCCGUGAUCCCCUCGAGAUUGAAGGGUUUGAUUAUGUCCGUCAACAACUCGAUGAAGAGGAGAUCGAGUUCAUGUUGUUCCUUGGCGACUGGAUCUAUGCCGAUGUCCCACACUUCGCCGGCGACAGUGUGGAAGACUAUCGUCAGAAAUACCGACAAACAUACUCGAGUCCCCAGGUCCGAAGUGUACUGGGGCGACUGCCUAUGAUGCACGUGUAUGACGACCACGAGAUCAAGAAUAACUGGGACAAGCAUGAAAACUAUGAGUAUGCCGCUGCUAUGAACCCCUGGCACACGUAUCAUCAUUCCGUUAACCCUCCUGCGCUCGGGCACAACCAGACCUAUUAUACGUUCACCCGCGGUGAUUCGGCUUUCUUCCUUAUGGACACUAGGCGAUACCGCUCGCUUAACACUCAAGUCGACGGACCAGAGAAAACCAUGCUCGGCCUCGAACAGCGCGAGGCUUUGCUUCACUGGCUGCAAGAGAGUGAGGACCAGGGCUUCGUAUGGAAAUUCGUCAUCUCCAGCGUCCCCUUCACCAAAAACUGGCGCGGCCCAGACGGCGAAAAGGACACCUUCGGCGGCUUCCUCUACGAGCGCUCCCUCCUCCUCGAUGCCAUGGACCGCGUCUCAAACGUAAUCGUUCUUUCCGGUGACCGCCACGAAUUCGCAGCGACAGCGAUCAGGGAACAUGUUGUCGAGUUCUCCACGUCGCCUUUGAAUCAGUUUUAUCUCCCGAUUAGGACGUAUUCGCAGGCGACGGAGGAUGAUGAGGAUCAGGUUCUGGCGUAUUUGCCGGAUGGGAAUCAUAAGUUUGGGUUGUUCGGUGUCGAUACGACGGAUAAGAAUAAGCCUACGUUAAAGUUUAGGUUGAUUAAUGAUGGGGAGGAGACGUGGAAUAUUCAAAUUAAUGGCACGAGACCGGGGGAGAAGAUCAAGGGACCGAGGAUUCAUGGGAAGAAGGAUGUCGGGGGACCUGUGGAGAAGGCUGAGGCUGAGGCAGGUGAUUGGAUUCAGGAAGAGCUCGGCGACAGGUGA